AACCGGAAGUAGUUAUGCAAAUGGCGUCUUGUAUUUGAUGGGACGUGUUGGUGAAUUUUACCUUUCACAAAUGGAACUAGUUUAUUCAGUAGAUUAUCGAAGCUUACCCAAAACUAGCGAUUUUCUGUUGGAAGAAAAAACUGUCUGCAGCCUUUCGUGCAAAAAUAUAUUGGCUUUCAGCAGGCUAAGCAACGAUGGCAAAGACGGCUGUCCUUUUGAAGUUGUAUACGAGGUGUGUGUGUUUGACUUGGAUAGGCCAUGGGAGGAGUUCAGAGUUACCACAGUUUCAGUACCUGUGGCAUACAUGCGAUGGGACCCAAGUGGCUCUCACUUGCUGAUUGUGGAUGCUGGUGGCACAUUUACUGUCUGGAUUAUGAAAGAUUAUCUUAUCAACACGUGGGAGGAGUAUGGAUCGACGGCACUGCCAGGAGAGGAAGUCUUGAUCCUUGCUUGGCUGCACAAUGGAAUUCAGGUUCUUUUCAAUCCUGAGAAGCAUGACCAGGUGGCUUACAAUGAUAAAUUUCAACGCUCCAAAUUUAAUCCUACUGUGACUCAUUUUGGAAACAAACCUUUGGAUGGCUGGAUGGCAGUAACAGCUACAGGACUGGUGACUGUAGGCCUUCUGCAAGAACCAGGUCAAAAGCUGAUCAUGGGCAAACAGUGCUUAGCUCCUGGUUAUCUUCGGCUCACUCAGGCAGACAUCGCCUUCAUGGCUUCGGGGGAGGUCAUGGUUGCAGCCAGUGAUGGCACAGUGGGAUCGGCUAUCCAGUGUUUCAUCAUUUCUGUUAAACUUGAAAACAAUGCCUGCAAAAUAACCACUCAUCCAGGGGCAAGCUUCUUUUUAAAGAGCACAGCGGAGUACAGCAACAGAGAUCUUCAUCUUCAUGUGUCCAAGAUUUGUUUUUUAAAUCGUGAAAACAGCGACAUCCUGCUGGUGUGCUGUGCAGGGCCAAAUCAUAGCUCUGUAGAAGUGUGGCACCUUCUUGAACAGACCAUGCCUCUCAACCGCAUAUUUCAGUCGGUUGCCAAUCCAGAACUGGCCUGCAAGACACCUAAAUGGAUGCAUAAGGCAUCCAUUGUUCAUAAUGCUCAUCUUACUGACAUUGCAAGGCCCAAAUUACCUAUGAACCGCACUUACAACAUUGAGACAACAGCAUUUGUGGCGUAUUUUGCCUGUACUUACAGGGAUGGUGUCAUCAAGAUUAUUCAUCGGCAGAGUUAUCAGGUUAUACAUACUUCUUCAAUGGAAACACUGGGCGGCCCAGUGUCUUCAGUUCCUGGUGACCACCUGCUUACCUCAUCCCCUCAUCUCAUGUCUUGUGUUCAGACUAGUACUGGUUGCGGACUGGUGGGCCAGAGCCAGGGGUCACUGUGUGUCUUUCGAGUUUUCAAUUCCAGAGAUGGCUGUCUCCAGCUUCUGCCAGGUUUUCUGGUGUUAUUGCUGGAGUACACAAUGUUUGUGGGUCAUGAUAUUUGGGACGUGCUACUUGCUGUCAGGCAAGGCAUGGUCGAAGGAUUGGCUCAACAAAUAAUUGACAAUUUUCAGAAGCAGACGCCUUCCUUUCAAGAACUGAUUCGAAUGAGACUUUUGCGUUUGCGUAUGGCUCUGUGCAGCAUUGUUCCAUCUGGACGACAAAGAGCUGCAGAAUGUCGUGCCCUCUUAACACUCUUUUCUAUCUCAACUGUGUUGCGGAGUAUUUUCAGACCUAAGGCUGUCAGCGUCCAAGAAAAGACCCCAGCUGAAAAGUUGACAGCCCAUUGCAGCAUUUCCACAGAGACGGAUAUUGAUGCGCUUAUCAAGAACUUGGACCCAGAAGAGUUCAUUGUUGAAUCAGUGAAGAAAGAAAAGGGCUCACAAGCAUCCCUGCAAAUGUUACAACCAUUCAUUCAGUGGGUAGCUGACUUCGUGCUUCAUUUGUUGAGCUCGGUGCCACUGAUCCAAAAUGGCCAUAACAUGCCAGGCAUGGGUUUGCUGCGGGAUGUGAGUGUUCUGGUCAUGCUGCGUGACUUGCUGGCGAUAAUGCGCCUGUGGGGCAGCAUCAAUCCUGCUUGCUUGCCCACUUUCUCUACCACAUCUUUCCAUGACUGCCUUGGACACAUUUUCAAACUUCUCACAAGAGUGUGGCAGAUACGGAAAGAAGGAGCCAGCAUGGAACUGGAAGAAGGCCUUGUUGAUGAGUGCGCCAGUUUGCCUUCCAAAGUUUUAAUACCAGACUUUCACUUCAGUUAUGGUCGAGAUUCCUGCAGCUUUGCAGUCUUCACUCAGCCACCACCACUGCGAUUUUCAUUUGGAAAAGAACCAGACUAUCUCUAUGCUAUUCGAAAGACAUUCCAUGUGUAUCCAGCUGAGACUGCCCCCGACACGAAACAGUGUCAUGACAUUGUACGACAUAUUCAUCUUGGUAUAACACCCUGCGAGCCAGUUCGAGAGUGUAUUCGGUGUGGUGCAUUUUCACUUCUACGUACCAUGGCGCGAUCAACUUUGCUGGAAUCUUGGGAGAAGAGAUUUAUCAGGAACUGUGUAUGUGGAGCUCGUUGGAAACUGAGCAAUUCAGACUUCAAACAUGUCGCUAAGAAAAGGACAAAAUAAUAGUGAGGAAUUGAUUCUGUUCACAGCUGGAUUGUAUGAAAUUUUAACUGCAAAUGUACUUUUUUCCUUAUCGUUUUCCUACCGUUAGCUUGAAAAGAAGAAACCAAUUUUUACUUUGUGCCACAAUUUCAUUGUCGUUCUAAUUAUAGGUCGUGAUCCUUGAUCAUGUUUAUCUCAAUACUAAAGAUUGGCAUUGAAUGGUAUAAAUACAAUUAUCUUGCUAAGCUCAUUUGAUACUAUGCAACGCAGUGAUAUUUCAAGAUAGCGAUUGUCUUGAAAACUUGAAGCCAACAGCAAGUUACUCGGCUGUGAAAGACAUUUUAUUGCUAGGAACAACUGAAAAUAAGAAGAAAACAGUAAGUAAUAUUUAAAUUCAAAUAUAUAUUCUAAUAAAAAAAUUUUUUGUGGUA